AUGGUAGGGUUCUCGAUGCAGCCAUACGGGAUUCAAUCGAUGCUGAAAGAGGGCCACCGGCAUUUGUCCGGGCUCGACGAGGCCGUGCUUAAGAACAUCGACGCCUGCAAGCAGCUCUCCACCAUUACUCGCACCUCCCUCGGCCCCAAUGGUAUGAAUAAGAUGGUUAUCAAUCAUUUGGAUAAGCUUUUUGUCACAAAUGAUGCUGCAACAAUUGUGAAUGAGCUGGAGGUUCAGCAUCCUGCUGCCAAACUUCUGGUUUUGGCUGGGAAAGCCCAACAAGAGGAAAUUGGUGAUGGAGCAAAUUUGACUGUUUCUUUUGCCGGGGAACUUCUUCAGAAUGCAGAGGAGCUCAUUCGGAUGGGAUUGCACCCUAGUGAGAUCAGAGUUGGAUACACAAAAGCAAUUAAUGAGACCAUUAGAGUACUGGAGGAGUUGGUUGUAGAAGGUUCAGAAAGUAUGAAUGUGAGAGACAAAGAUGAAGUAAUUUCACGAAUGAAAUCUUCAGUAGCCAGCAAACAAUUUGGUCAGGAGGAUAAAUUAUGCCCUCUCAUUGCUGAGGCAUGCAUACAAGUUUGCCCCAAGAACCCAGCAAAUUUCAAUGUGGAUAAUGUGCGAGUUGCAAAACUACUGGGUGGAGGUCUGCAUGAUUCCAAAGUAGUUCGGGGUAUGGUGUUAAAGAGCGAUGCUGUUGGGACGAUAAAAAGAAUGGAAAAUGCCAAGGUUGCUGUAUUUGCUGGGGGUGUUGACACAACUGCUACAGAAACAAAGGGGACUGUUCUCAUUCACAGUGCUGAGCAGCUUGAGAAUUAUGCAAAGACUGAAGAAGCUAAGGUUGAGGAGCUAAUCAAAGCAGUUGCAGAUUCUGGUGCAAAGAUUAUAGUUAGUGGAGCAGCUGUUGGAGAAAUGGCACUGCAUUUUUGUGAGCGCUACAAGCUCAUGGUGCUAAAAAUUAGCUCCAAAUUUGAAUUACGACGAUUUUGUCGCACGACUGGUGCUGUUGGUCUGUUAAAGCUCAGUCAGCCCCAUCCAGAUGAUCUUGGAUAUGUUGAUUUUGUUUCAGUGGAAGAAAUAGGCGGGGCUAGGGUCACAAUUGUAAAAAAUGAACAAGGUGGAAAUUCAGUUUCCACUGUUGUGCUGCGAGGAAGCACUGAUAGCAUAUUGGAUGACCUUGAAAGAGCGAUAGAUGAUGGAGUGAAUACAUACAAGGCAAUGUGCAGGGAUAGUCGGAUUGUACCUGGAGCAGCAGCUACUGAAAUUGAUUUAGCCAGAAGGCUGAAGGAAUUUUCUUUCAAAGAAACAGGAUUGGAUCAGUAUGCCAUCGCAAAAUUUGCUGAAAGUUUUGAAAUGAUACCCAAGACAUUGGCUGAGAAUGCGGGACUUAAUGCAAUAGAAAUUAUCUCUUCUUUAUAUGCCGAACACGCACUGGGUAACACCAAAGUGGGCAUUGACUUGGAGGAAGGUGUCUGCAAGGAUGUCUCUACCAUGAAAAUAUGGGAUCUCCACAUCACCAAAUUCUUUGCUCUUAAGUAUGCAACGGAUGCUGCAUGUACUGUUCUGCGGGUUGAUCAGAUCAUUAUGUCAAAACCAGCUGGAGGUCCGAAGAGGGACCCGCCUGCAGGGAUGGAUAAUGAGGAUUAG